AUGGCCUCCGCGGUUCAGGGCACCGAUGACCUGGCCUUUCUGCCACGGGACAUUUUCUGGCUCGUCCUGGCCUACUUGGCCCCUCGCGAUCUCGUGCGCUGCCGUCGAGUUUCCCGGGCAUGGAAUGAGGCCUUUGGCAACCCGGCUAUCUUGGUCCCACUCAUGAAGAGGCACUUCCCUCGCACUAGAGAGGUGCAGGGUCUCCAUGGCUCCAGUGCCGACAGGAACACAAUCCGCAUCGUCUUCGAUCAAGUCGCCUCACGCUAUGAUCACUUGGAACGAGGAAAGCCCCGCUCCGUGCACAAAUACCGCCUGUGCGACGAUUUUGGUGCCUCCGGGGAGCGGGAAUGGUACCAGGUGCAGCCCUGGGAGUCACACGCCAGCCAUGUGAGGCAGCUGGUCGACCGCCAGUUCUCAGAGGCAAUGUGGUCUCACGACCAGGGGCUGCUGGUGUUUCCCAGCGCCGAGCACCAGGGCCUGGUGCUGAUGGACCUGAGCAAUGACCGGCAAUUUGUCGUUCCCUUGACGAUAACCGGCAAGGUCGUGCGCAGAGUUCGCCUGCAGAAGCAAUUGCUGGUGGUCGAGUGGGCCGAACCAAAGGCUUUCCACUGGCUCAACGACAGCGAUGGCGUGCAUCGACAUUUUGCUUCUUCUUUUGACGUGAAGCCAUCAGAGACCGGUGGGGGCUGGGAUGUCACUCCUCGCAACGAGUGGAAGAUCAUGUUCCUGGGCCAUCCAUUGAGCGAGCGAGACCGAUUCUUCUCCUCCCACAGCAACACGCACUAUGUAAUUUACAUCUGGCAGCCCAAUCGCAGUCUGUACACGGCGGACGAAGACGCACCCAUUGAAUCCCUGUUCGUCUGGGAUAUCUCCAAGCCAUCUUCCUAUCAACCAUCACUGGACCCCACGGGAAAGCAGCAUGAUGCUGGCGCUGACGAUUCACCGACUAUUGUGACUCGUUUUGGUUUCCGUGAUCUCGAGUUCUUCGGUGUCCGGCAGCGAGGCUGCCCCAGCGUACAGCGCCUCGACGUCACCGACGACGGCCUAGCAGUGGAAAUCACUGAAAAUAUCAACACUUGGUUGACAGACCCCGACCCGCUUGGUCUACCCAUGGUUAUUACCACCAGUAUCCCGAUGCAAGGCCAAGGUCCCCAUUGGCGGCAGCAGACCGAUUUGAUUCUGCCAGCCUACCGUGGCAAUUGUAGCUUACAGACAUCCCCAAUGAGUGUCUUGGCCAUCAUGGCAGAAUGCUGGUAUGGCACCAUCGCCCAAGUCAUUGACCAGGCUGCCGGUGUCAGUUUCUGUCUCCACUUCGACCCGGCCAGAUGGGACGAGGACCGAAGGGAACCAGACCAAAGAGACCAAACAAUCAACCUUACCUUUCAGGUCUUGGGCUCCUACGAGGAGCCUUCGCAAGUAACGGCGGUGAACCAGGACUUCACUGGAAGAGGCAGAAUCUGUGGGUCUGAGAGGUAUCUCUUGGGAGAGAACCGCAACAGAGAAUUGGUCAUUUAUAGAUUUGAUCGAUGA